AUGACCGGCACUGACAAGCACGCUACUCAGCAGCAGGACGCGACGUGGACCACCCAGGUCCACGACGCGCUCGCGUCGAUCGAGAAGGCGUUCCAGGCCUCGAAGGAGCGCGCCGAGGCCGUCGUCGAGGAGCUCCAGGGCGCGGCGACCUCGGCGACGGGCGCGACGCGCGACGUGGUGGAGGGGCAGCUCGCGCGGGCGCGGGCGAAGCUCGAGGAGCUGCGCGCGGCGGAGCAGGACGCGCAGGAGUCGGUGAAGCACUCGGCGACGGAGCACUCCGAGGAGGCCGCGUCGAAGCUCGCGGACCUGACGCAGGCCGCGCAGCGCAGGGCGGGGGACCUCGCGCGCGCGGUGGGCGGUCCGAGCGACGAGGAGCGGCGCGCGGAGGAGGAGGCCAGCAAGACGAUGGCGGACAGGGCGCGCGAGACGGUGUCGGGCGCCGUGGACGCCGCGGCGGGCAAGCUGGGCGCCGUGCGGCGGACGGUGGUGGGCCCGACGGAGGCGGAGCGGCGCGCGGAGGAGGAGGCGAGCAAGACGCUGGCCGACAAGGCGCAGGACAAGGUCCAGGAGGCGGCCGACGCCGCGCAGACCAAGGCGGGGGAGGUCGCGGACGCCGCGGCCGCGUACCGCGACGACGCCGCCGAGAAGGCCGCCGCGCUCAAGGGCGACGCGGUCGACAAGGCCGGCGAGGUCCGCCGCGCCGUCGUGGGCCCGACCGACGAGGAGAAGCGCGCCGAGGAGGAGGCGAGCAAGACGAUGGCCGACGUCGUGCAGGACAAGGUCGCCGGGUACAAGGAGAGCGUCGCGGACGGCGCGGCGGACGUGCGGCGCGCCGUCGUGGGCCCGACCGCGGCGGAGCGGCGCGCGGAGGAGGAGGCGCAGAAGGGCGUCGCGCAGAAGAUGGCCGAGCGCGCGCAGGGGCUGCUCGGCGGGGAGCGCGAGUAG